GGGGCGGGACUUCCUGUUUCAAAUAAACACCUAGAGGUUUCCCCCUCCGCCCACCGAAGUGUGUCGGCUCUCGGGGGUCCUUCGCCGUUUCUCCCUGAGAAGUUGAAGGAAAUCGCGAAUACUAGAGGGCCCUGUUAGCGCCUGGGACAGUUGCACAGGCCAGGCUGGAGCCUCAGUGCCACAGGACCGGGCUCUGGCUCUAUCUCGGCUUCAGGACCCCGGCCCGCGCUCUGGCCGCCGGAGCCAAGUUGGAAGAAGAGCCCGAGAGGGGUUCGCCUUGGGCCAGGAGGAAGCGGGCCCUUUCCCACAGCGGGCCGGUCUCAGGAUCCGCGGGUGGCCUUGGGAACGAAAGACUGCCAAGUGCAGGAAGGGCCGCAGGAUUUGCUGGUUGAGGGGGGAGUUGUGGGGAAGGAGGCUGCUUGGGGAAUGACACUCUCCCCUUCAUGACAGUCCGAGGUUAUGCGACUCAAUGAUCCCGCGGAAACGCUACGGGUCUAAGAACACGGAUCAGGGUGUCUACCUGGGUCUCUCAAAGACACAGGUCCUGUCCCCUGCAACUGCUGGCAGCAGCAGCAGCGACAUCGCCCCUCUGCCCCCACCAGUGGUCCUGGUCCCUCCCCCUCCCGACACCAUGUCUUGCCGGGAUCGGACCCAGGAGUUCCUGUCUGCCUGCAAGUCGCUGCAGAGCCGUCAGAAUGGAAUCCAGACAAAUAAGCCGGCUCUGCGUGCUGCCCGACAGCGCAGUGAAUUUACCCUCAUGGCCAAGCGCAUUGGGAAAGACCUCAGCAACACAUUUGCCAAGCUGGAGAAGCUGACAAUCUUGGCAAAGCGCAAGUCCCUUUUUGAUGAUAAAGCAGUGGAAAUUGAGGAGCUAACAUAUAUCAUCAAACAGGACAUCAAUAGCCUCAACAAACAAAUCGCUCAGCUUCAGGAUUUUGUGAAGGCCAAGGGCAGCCAGAGUGGCCGGCACCUGCAGACCCAUUCCAACACCAUUGUGGUCUCCUUGCAGUCAAAACUGGCUUCCAUGUCCAAUGACUUCAAAUCAGUUUUAGAAGUGAGGACAGAGAACCUGAAGCAGCAAAGGAGUCGGCGGGAACAGUUCUCCCGGGCACCUGUGUCAGCCCUGCCCCUUGCCCCCAACCACCUGGGGGGUGGUCCUGUAGUUUUGGGGGCAGAGUCUCAUGCCUCCAGGGAUGUGGCCAUUGACAUGAUGGACUCCCGGACCAGCCAGCAGCUACAGCUCAUUGAUGAGCAGGAUUCCUAUAUCCAGAGUCGGGCAGAUACCAUGCAGAACAUAGAGUCUACAAUUGUUGAGCUGGGCUCCAUCUUUCAGCAGUUGGCACACAUGGUUAAGGAACAGGAGGAAACCAUUCAGAGGAUCGACGAGAACGUGCUAGGAGCCCAGCUGGAUGUUGAGGCCGCCCACUCAGAGAUCCUCAAGUACUUCCAGUCGGUCACCUCCAACCGGUGGCUUAUGGUUAAAAUCUUCCUCAUCCUCAUUGUCUUCUUCAUCAUCUUCGUGGUCUUCCUGGCCUGAACCCUCUCCACUCUGAGGCACUCCAUGGGGGUUUGGGACCCUCCUAGAAGGGCAUGUGGCCAGUGCCUGCCACUGAGCCUGUGCAGGGUGCUUGGGAGAAAGGCCCUGUUUCCCUGGAACUGCUAAGAAUGGCCACUGACCCUGAUCCCCCACCCCUUGCCUCUGGCCACCCCAUACUCCCCUUACUACCGUCAGACCCAUGGAACAUACGUGGUUCUGAAUUUGGACUCUGCUGUGAAGUGGCUGGAAGGGAGCAGAGGCCAUCUGGGGGCUGGUGGAGGAGGAGGUUGUCUCCACCAGAUUUUUAGAACUGUCCCCAGUCUCUCCCAAAGAAAACUUUGGCAGCAAGGGAAGAUAAUGCCCCUUUCUUCCUUACUGGGAGUGAGGAGAGGAAGCAAAACUGUCCCAGGGACCAACUUCCCAUCUGGGUUAGAACUUGACCUCCUUCCUCUCUUCACCAUGUGAGGCAGGGGCCCUUGAGCCCUUCAGCUGCCUGCACAACCCCUGACUUUGGCUGCUGGUGACUCUUGAUCUGCCAAAUGCGCUACAGCCCGUUUCCUCUAAAUUACAGCAAGACUGUCAGCCUCACUA